AUGUUGUACUGAGGGACUACGAGGCAAAGCAAAAGGGAGCUCUGUUCUGCACAGAGGAAAUGGGCGUUCUCCUUGGAAAAUUUGGAUGGAGUGAUUGAAAAAAUAAAGUGGGUGUGACAAGGCUAGAAAGGAGAGGACCACCAAGAGGGGCACAAUGUUGUAGAGUGGUGAAGCUGCUCCUAGGCUGCUCCUGAGAUCUGAUUCAGACGAACAAACAAUACCCGUGAAAAUUGAAAAAUGGCAUACCUGCUUAUGUUUGUGACCCUGCUGCAUCUCAUCACGCUGGCCAUGCUGUUCAUUGCAACCAUGGAGAAGUCCUGGUGGGUGUGGGAUGGCAUGGAGAACUCAGACCUAUGGUACAACUGUAGGUUUGACAACUCCACAGGAACCUGGCUUUGUGCAUCCUCCAAAGAAACUGAGUGGCUUCAGGCAGUGCAGGUCCUGAUGGUUCUCUCAGUGGUCUUCUCUUCAGUCUCCUUCUUGGUGUUCCUGGGUCAGCUGUUCACCAUGUCUAAGGGUGGACUCUUCUAUUUCACCGGGCUGUGUCAAGUCUUUGCAGGUUUGACAGCCUUCUCUGCAGCUCUCAUCUACACAUUACAUAAUAAGGAAAUUCUUCCGACCUCCAAAGAGCUGACCUCAGGACGCUUUGGCUACUGUUUCAUCCUGGCCUGGGUGUGUGUCCCUUUGCUGCUGUGUAGCGGUGUCAUAUACAUUCACCUGCGCAAGAAAGAGUGACCAGAAAAAGGAAAAUAAUGUCAACAAAAUGGAAAACAAAGUGUUGAAUUGACUCAACUUUUUGUUCAUCAGAAAUUUUAAUUUUGCAGGCCUCACAAAUUUGUAUAUCAUGAUUUUGCUCAGGCUUUGGUUAAUGUGAUGAUGUUUUUGAAAUGUGUAUAUUGGAAAAACAUUGAAUCCUCAAUACCAAUCCAGUAUAUAAUGCUUACCUUCUGUUUAAAGACAUUUUUACUAUAAAACAUAUGUUGACCAGGGAAGGCUUUAUACCAAAGCAACAGUAUGUAUUUUUUAUUUAGUGUAGUAGGCCUCAUAUGGCAUUUUAGUUUCCCUUGAGCAAAUUGGAAAUAUAUAUAUUUAUAUAUAUUUUUGUACCUAAAGCUGAUAUGUAGAAUAUAUUUAGCAGCUGCUCCUAAUAAACAUCACUUACUGAAA